AUGGAUUCUAAAGCAAAUAUUGAUGAAAUAAAGCGAGAUUUAUCAUUUGCACAAGGAUGUGUUGCUGCUUCAAUAGAGUCGCUUGACAAUAGUGCUAGUGCACCACCAACUGAGAAAUUAAAAAAAGAAACGGAGAAAACCUUUAAUGAAUCAUGUGGAGACGUAGACUACUCACGACCUCCAGAGUGUGGACUUAAAAAGGAAAUGCAAACUGAAGUAAAAAAUAAAUAUGAAAAGGAAGAAGUAAAUGAAGACAUAUUACUGAAAAGUAACUUAAAUCCAUUGAGCGCAGAAUUUGUACCUGGUGACAGACAAAAGACAGGAGCUGUGAAGAAAAAAGGAGGGGGUAGAAAGGAAGCUAUUAGGUCAAUAUCACAGAAUAUGGAAAUGACAUCUCCUGUCCAAGAAGGCCCAAUCAUUCUAACAAGCCCUAUAAAUAUGUUCAGGACAAAAUGUUCGCUGAAUACAGAAAGAAAAAGUGCAAGUUUGGAAAGACAAAUUUUUUCUCUUUCAUCAUCUCAUUCAGACCCGAGUGUCAGUAGUUGUCAAUAUAUUCCAUCAUCAGAAGCUAAUGUUUAUUACAACACAUUUAUGGAAAGGACCACUAUAAAAAGUGACAUAACACAAGAUAUUUGGUCGAAAAUUGAGGAAGAAAUGAAAAGAAAAGAUGAAAUGGUGCGAAGGAGACGAUACUGCAGCUGUACUCAAAGUUCGAGUGGAGAAGUGGCCGCGAAUAGUUGCUUCAAAUGUGAUAACGGAUUGCAUGGUAGUAUCGCUCUGGAAUUUCCCCGACAUACGUUACUGGACAACGUCGAAGACUGCGUCGUAUGCAGCGUAACAAGAAAACACGGCUAUAAUGUUGACGAAAAAUCAUUGUAA